AGAGAUGCGAGGCAAGGUGCUGGGGCUGUUGUUGGUUUCGUACCUGACAGCAGUGGUAGCUGAGGGUGUGCAGCCACAAGAGCAGCCCAAGCCUGUUGAGGGGGUGCAGCUGGAGGAGCAGUCCAAGCUUGCUGAGAGUGUACAGCAGGAGGAGCAGGCUAAGCCUAAUGAGGGUGCACAGCAGAACGAGCAGGCCAAGUCUGCGGUGGUUGCAGGCGCAACAGACAUCAAAUUUCCAGAAGAACUCAGUGAUCGGAACCGCUUCUUCGCAGGGUACACAACGACCACCUACACUGACGUGGUGAUGGUCACCUCUACAGUGUUCUUCUCCUGCCUCUCCGGCACCACUACAAAUACUGUCUGCCAGGGACGACGCAGGAAGAAGGACUUGCGCAUGUUGCUAGAAUUACCUGAUAAUGAAGAAGUCGAUCUGGCUGGCAGUGAGGAUACAGAGGUGGAUUCGUCUACUUAUUCCCCAUAUUCAGAACCCGAAGCACACGAGGCGGCUCAUAGUAAUGAAAAAAUCUUCCUGACUCUCUGGACCACCACCCGCACCACCACCACUGUCACUAUGCUCUACACGGACACAAGAACAACCAUCCGUCUCUCUUACUUCUGUUUGGCUGGACAAAUUCAACUCCCUAUCUUCAGAUGUGCUGGUUGAUGUUUGCGAAGUCAACAAGUCAUCAGUGGGGGUGCUGCCUAGACCUGAACAAAACCGGGAAACACUUUACAAGACCUGACAUAAUUAAAGAAGACCAAACUAGAUAGGGAAGAGACCUAGGCAAGAUAAGGGUAGGCCUGGCAAGACUGGGAAGAUUCUUACAAGAUCAGGGAACAGGGAAAGUUUGUCCAGACCUGACAAGACUCAAUGAUCCCUGAGAAAUAUAUAAAUAAAGAUAAUAGGCUAACAUGUUAAAGAAACUCGGAAACAUGAGGAAAAAAAUGAGAUCUUGCGAUUCCAAGUCAGUGCCCUAACCUGGUGACAAAUGACCUGUCCAAUAUGACUAACCACCGCGGUAUUUACAACGAUAUAUAUACAUCUUUCGGUUUACAUACAUCGAGAUAUUGAUAUCUCUAUUUAUAUACACCAAUAUGCAAUAUGAUCACAGCAAACAGGUGAUAUCACAAUAUGCAAAACAACCACUAUUGAAAAAACAGAGAAAUUCCUCACAGUUCCUUGAUAAUGUGAGAAAUCACGAAAAAUCUCAAUUUAUACACACCGAAAUAAGUAUAUCUCUCGGUGUACAUACACUAAGUUUGCUUUAGUCCCUAUUUUAAGGAUUAAAGUAUACUUUUUGGAAUCUCGCCUUGAUAAUCCUUGUAUAGUUGCUAAGUUUUCAACUUAAGAAACUGACUUCACGAACGUCAGUAAAUGUUGAACCUGAGGAAGAGAGUCCAAACCACUAUAAAUGAUGCUUUUCUAUAGAUUCCACAUUCAGUCUGUGUCCAUCUUUGA